AUGACGAUGCCGAAACAACAACAACAACAAUCACCGCAAAAUACUGCGCAUCUCUUUUCGUAUACAUUAUCACCGUCAUCCCCCAAGAAAAACCGCGCGUUCCUCGUCACCACCGUCCUCUCUCUCAUCCUCUGCGUGCUCUCGGUCACGUUCGACCGCAAGUUACCGCGCGCUUUGAGCGCAUCAUCGUCCUCAAAUCCGUUUAUAUUUAGCGAAUCGCGAGCGAUGGCGACGGCGACGACGAUAGAGCAGCUUGGCUCUCGCGCGGUUGGAACGGAGAGCGAACAACUCGCGUUUGAGUUUAUUCGAAGGAGGGUGGAGACGAUUCAGAAGAAAUAUUCAGCGACGAAGGCGAGCGGCGAAGAGAUUGAAAUUGAAAUUCGGGACGACGCGUUCAGCGGGUUGAAGAAACGAGACGCGGACGAAAUCACGAGGAACCCGAAAAGGAGGAGUGGUCGUGCAAGGACGACGAACUUAGGUGGGUACGGCGGCGAGGGAGUGAACGACGAAGAGAACGAGGAGACGAACGACAACGCGAAGAAGAAGAAGUGGGGGAUAUCGGACGUGUACAGGUACGAUAACUUGAGGUCUAUUUCCGUGCGAGUGCGACGGCGGAGAGACACCGUUUCGUUUAGUAGUGGUAAAGGUGGGAAGGACGAGGAGGAGUAUCACGACAGAGACGAAUACGAAGGCGACGUCAACGAUCCGUAUAACAACGAUAUAAAUAACAAAAUGCACGUGAUUGCGAUUUCCGUGCACGUGGAUACGGUGUCGACGUCGUCGGGCGGGUCAGACAACGCGGCAAGCUGCGGGAUUGCUUUAGAAGUGUUAGAAAACGUGGCGAGUUUGGCGACGAACAAAGAGACGAGAAAUUUUCUACCGGCAAAGACGGGGAUAGUGUUUCAUUUCUUAACCGCGGAAGAAGUUGGAUUAAUCGGCGCGACGGCGACGAUGAAGUCACACCCUUGGUUUCGACAGAAGAACGCGAAACCGUCGGUGAUUGUAAAUUUAGAAUCCAUGGGAAGUGGAGGACCGCAAAUGCUGUUCAAGACGGAAAAAGGUAUACACGGAGAAACGUUUGAGAGACGCAUGCUGGAAACGUGGGCGGAAAGUGUCCCGUAUCCAAACUCGGCGAGCGUGUACGGACAAAUUUUUAGAUCCGGGGUGAUCCCCUCGGAAACGGACGGGAGAGUAUACAACGAAAAAGGUGCGGCAGUGAUUGAUUUAGCGUUUGUAGAACGAUCGUUCGUGUAUCACACGUCGAGGGAUAGAGUAAAAGGCAUGCGACGUGGGAGCGCGCAAGCUAGUGGCGAAAACAUCGUCGCUUUCGUUGGCGCGUUCUUACAAAAACGCGACCAAUUCGCCGACGUCGAUUCCGAGUUGAAUCCAGAUAUUUCAUUGCGUCAAGGCGUGGAAUCACACGCGUGGUACGUUCGACCGGGGUUUAUUCUGGCGAAAACAAAGUUAAUCGUUACCGAACCGUUCACGUUAGCUUCGUUGCGCUCGUUAGUGUUCUUCAGCGCAUUUUCGAUGUUCUUCGUCGUAAAGUACGCAUUUGGUGCGCACUUUGAAAAGAUUCAAAGCAAGAGCGAAAAGAUAUGGCAGCUCGCCAUCGAUACCAUCUUCAAAGCGAUGAUUGCCAUUCCUUUGGUUGGUUUUGUUAUCCCUUUGUUUGCUAUAUUCAUGGGCACAGCAUUUGGCGCGAUGACCAUGUUCACCCUCGCCUUUCUCGUCGGCGAAGCGAUGCCGCUAGGUAGUUACUCCGCGUUCUUUAUGCUCUUCGCGGGUGCAUUCGGAUGCAUCGGGAGUAUAUUUGGGUAUAACAUAGCAUCUGGUUUCUUGUAUUGGCACCUCAUUCCAAUCGACGUCGCCUUCAGGGAUCGAUAUGCGACUGAAAACGCCAUCAAGUGGUGUUUGUUCAGCGGUAAGACGUUCUUCACGUCUGUUUUAGCGUGGGCGGUAAGGAAACGCACGGAUUCCCACGCCACCAUUUGGCUCGCGAAUUUAGCAAUGUAUGAAUUGGUUUUCGUGUUUGCACCAGUGAUUGCUCGGCAAAGUGGUUUCUUACAUUUCAUGCCGAGCGUUUCCAUCGUCCCAAAUGAAGAAAACAAUGAAGAAGAAAACAAUGAAGAAGAAAACAACAAGGUGAAAGAGAAGAAAGACGACGACGAUACGGUUUCCUCGAACAGCGCCGCUACCGCCGCCGCUGCAAAGGCGGGAAAAACAACGAUGCAAUUGAUCGGUCACAAUUCUAAAGGUGAAUUAGAUAUUUUCGCGACGACAUCACCGAACCAAUAUUUGGCCAUGUUGUGCGCUAUUCCGUGCAUAUGGGUCGUCACGCCGCUCUUGUUUCGAGCGGUGGCGACAUUUUCCGCGGUGCAAUCGCGCGCCGAUCCAACACUCGGCGAUGGACAUCCGCUCGUGUAUUACACUUUAGAUAGACUUCUUGGCGGUGCUUUAGGAUUUGUCGCAUGUGCGAUGUUUUUUUCUGUCCCGGUGAUAUCCUUAGGCGCAACAUUGAAGGAAAGGCAAACGUAUAAACUCAUGGUCGUCGCAUUCGGGAUGUUCCUUUUCGCGACGUUCACGUGUGGCGUGUUUAAAAACAUCCGAUUUACUGCCGUCGCACCACAACCAAUCAUCUUGACGCACGUGACACACAUUGAUGCGCACAGUUACGUGACUUCUGAUUUCAUCGCGCUCGCGAGAGUGGGCGCUGGAUCGAGUUUAGCACCAGUAGCGAUGGCUUUGCGCGACAACUUACAUUUGUUGGUGGACCCGCCGCGAGUACUGCCUACGUCAACAUUUGUAGCAACGGUUAAGGAUGUAAAGCACGACGACAAAAGCACGACAACAGAUGGCGAAGAGAGUGGUUACGAUAACGAAGACGCGAAAGCGAAGGCCGCUCGAAGAGAACAGCUGCGAAUAGAGAAUGAUCAGCGCUUGAAAAGCAUCCACUCGCGCGCGAUUCAACGCAAGCAAGCUGAAGGACACAAACACAUGUUCCAUCGCAUAUAUUCCGCGUUCACAAACUUCCGCUUAAACACGCGUUUUGGCGGUGACUGCACGGAGUCGGUUGAUUUUGUGACCAUGAAAACAGACCGUGCGUGUAUCGUUCGUGGGUACGAUUUGAGCUAUUACGAAUCCGUCAAUAACCCAAAACCUAUCUUGUCGGAUAUGCGCGCGAAUAACAUGACGGCGUCGGAAAUGCCCGAAUUGCGUAGAACUGGUACUGGGCCAGAUAAAAAAACCAUUCGAUUAGAAAUUGACGUCGCGAAAGCGGUCAGCUGGACGGUUGCUAUUGAACCGCAGUGUGCUAAGAAAGCGGCUUUGGUGGACCCGUCGAACCCGUCGGAGUUGACCUGGAUCGAAGUCGACAACGAGAAGACCCAACAAGUGGAAAACACGCCUUUUACCGUGCGCCAAAAAGGCAAGCGCAUCUUGUUUAGCGGUUCUGGUCGACUCACAGCCGGCGAUGUAGUUGACAUGUUCAUCGUUCCGGCGAAAAACAACAAACACGCGCACGCCGGCAUGAGCGAGAAAAUUCAGCAAGACUUGGAGUUCUUUUGCCGAACGCGAGGGGCGGUUUUACGCACGGAUUUUGAAACGCGAACGGAUUUGAUGGAAGAUAUCAUCGGUACAAACGGUUUGCCUCGAAACGUGGCGCCGUUUGGGAAGAGCGAUUUACCGAGAUGGUAUUCUUUAAUUCGUGACAUCGAUUUAUCGCCGCUUUAG